CAUGCAUAGCUUAUUAUAUAUCUGUAGUUAAUGCCCAAUUCUAUUUCAAGGUAUUAAAAAAUAGCGCUAUUACUUCAACAUUCGAGGAACAAUCACGCUCGGUGUAUAACAAAAUAUCUCGGUAUUUUAUGUUUAAGGUAUUUGUAGCUGGACUACGACUGUUUACAAUGUCUGUAACCCAAAAACCCGAAGUUUUAUUUGUUUUGGGAGGUCCCGGUGCAGGCAAAGGUACUUUAUGCCGGUAUAUAACAGAAAAUUAUGGUUAUGUGCAUCUGUCAGCUGGUGACUUACUUAGAGAAGAACGUGCAAAGCCGGGUUCACAAUACGGGGAACUGAUCGAAAAUCACAUUAAAAGUGGAACAAUUGUACCGGUUGCAAUCACUUGUAGCCUUCUGGAUCAGGCCAUGCAAACAGCUGAUUGUGUUCAUAAAAGGUUUUUGAUCGAUGGUUUCCCGCGAAAUCAGGAUAACGUCGACGGUUGGAAUAAGACAAUGGCUGAUAAAUGUAAAGUAAAAGGAGUAUUGUUCUGUAAAUGUAGCAAAGAAGUAUGUUCCCAACGGUGUUUAAAACGUGGAGCUGCAGGCAGUGGAAGAACAGACGACAACGAAGAAGUGUUAAUGAAGAGGCAUGAAACUUACAUUAAAGAAACUAUGCCCAUAAUUGAAUAUUUUGAAAAGCAAGGCUUGGUUUUUGAACUAAAUUCUAUGCAAUCACCGGACGAUGUAUUUGGAGAUGCUAAAGCAAUUUUAUCCAAAAUAGGAUGGUGAUGCAUUGUAAUGGAGUAACUGUUAAUGAUCUCAAUGAGAUCACGUUAUACUCCACCUGCAUAUAUUAAUUAUGUCAUUUUAAAAAGUAUAUAUAUUUUAUAGAAAUAUUUUAUUUUUAGCAGUAUAGUGUAUAAUUUACAUUGUAUUUCUUUGCAUUUAUGAAAACAGUAGAUCAUUCCGGUCUUAAAAUAUACUUUUGAAUGCAGCA